AUGAACGAGCGGACCAUUCGACGUGUGGCUAUCAUUGGAGCCGGCAUCAGCGGUGUCGUCAGCGCCGGGCAUCUUCUUGCAGCUGGAAUCGAUGUGACAGUGUUUGAAAGGAGCGAAGCGGCCGGGGGAGUCUGGCUUUAUGACAAGCGAGUACCGAUUGAAGCCCAGUACCCGUGUGUCAAACCUUCGGAUGCGAAACAUUUCAGUAGAGAUGAUAGAGAUGAAAAUGAAAGACAGCAUCUAUUACAUGCACCUCCCGGACCCUGCUACGAAAGUCUGACAAACAAUGUCUCAACCCCACUGCUGCGUACCACACUCAGUGCUUGGCCUGAAGGGACACCCCCCUAUGUGAAUCAUGGUGUCCUGAAGGACUAUAUUCAAGGCACCUCCAGGAAGGCUGGUGUGGAGGAUGUGACUGUCUAUGGGGCGCUCGUGACAAAAGCCUACAAAGAAGGGCAUCAAUGGCAUGUAUUUUGGAAAUGCCUUCAUAAGGAUUCUCAGACGGCAAGCUUCACUGAGCGAGAAAGUUCAGCGAUAUUUGAUGCAGUGGUGGUAGCAUCGGGCCAUUAUCACACCCCUCUCAUCCCUGAUAUCCCAGGUCUAGCUGAGAAGAAAGCAAAUUGGCCUUCGAAGAUCACACAUUCAAAAUCGUUCCGCAGUUCCAACGGAUUUGAAGGAAAGAAUGUCCUUUUGAUCGGCGGAGGAGUAUCUUCUGUUGAUAUUGCUCGGGAAAUUAGCCCUGUUGCCCAAAGGAUUUAUCAAAGUACACGCAACGGAGCCUUUGAUAUUCCUGCCAGCGCGCUUCCUCAGAACGCCUCGAGAGUUGAGCAGGUUGCUGCAUUCAAGCUACUUCCUUCCGAAAAGACAGACGAGAGGCAUUUGCCAAUUGUUGCGUGCCUAGUGUCUGGCGAAGAAAUACGUGGAAUCGACCGAAUAAUUCUUUGCACAGGAUAUCAGAUGACCUUGCCCUUCCUGCCCCAAUAUAACGAUGACACUGAGGCCACCGCAAGCGACGCGGUGUUAGUGACUGAUGGCACCCAGAUACACAACCUACACCGCGACAUAUUCUACAUCCCGGAUCCAUCAUUAGUAUUCGUUGGAAUUCCUUUCUAUACUGCUACCUUUACGCUAUUCGAAUUUCAAGCUAUCGCGGUGGCUGCUUGGUUCUCGGGCACAGCACAGUUGCCAUCUACAGAAGAGAUGAAAGCCGAGUACAAAGACCGAAAGACGGCAAAAGGGCAGGGAAGGGCUUUCCAUUCACUUCGGGGGGAAGAGGAAACAUAUGUAAAGAGCUUGAUAGACUGGGUGAAUGCUGGUAGAGUCUCGCGGGGUCUGGAUGUGCUCGAAGGACAUACAGAUUCUUGGCGGGAGGAAAAGAAAUCACAUAUCGAACGGCUGAAUCUGAUCUUCCAGGGAGUCAUACCCUAUGGAAAUUAA